UGUCUGCACUUUGUGCUGUAGUUGUUCAGCUUUUCAGGUUUAUUUUUAUGCAUUGCUGUGUAUUACUGUGCAUUAUUUUGCUUUACCCCAAACCAUUUAAAAAAAUAGUCUUCCUUGCAUGGUAUUUAUAGAUCAGUAACUAUGAGCUUUUGACCAAAAGACCAAGGGAAGUGGCUCUUCUGAUGCUGAUCAUGAGAAGCCACACCUAGCGGAGACAGAGCUGAGCGUAGAAAACUGUGUAAAGUCCAGUGACAUGCAAACAUGCUCUGGAUAAGGACUCUCCUAUUCAUAAUCAUAUGUGGUGUGGAAGAAGUUGAUCUGACAGGACAUGUCAGCGUGGGGGGGACAGUGAAGCUGCCUUCAGUCCUGGGGAGUCUGAAAGUAAAAGACUUCGACUUUCUGAAAUGGAGGUUUAAUAGAAGGAUCAUAGCUGAAAUGUCCAGUGGGCAACCAAAAGAAAAUCUUCAUGCUCAGUUCAAAGGACGACUGCAGCUGAGCCCUGACUUCAGUCUAACUGUGAGGGAGCUGAGACUGGAGGACAGUGGGGAGUAUGAGCGUGAAGGAAUGAAGGAAGAUGGUUCACAGAUUCCCUCAUAUAAAAUCCAGCUGCAUGUUUAUGAGAUCAUAACAGGUGUGCACAUCCAAUCAAAGGUCAUCUGGCUUCAAGGGAACCACACUUGUAUGGUUCAUCUGGUGUGCAACUCAUCAGGAAAUCCAGAACCAUCCUUUUCUUGGAAAAAAGGGGGACAAACUGAGAACAGCAAGGAGAUUUACUUCUUUUUCUCACCCGAAGAAGGUGACAUCUCCAUUACAUGCACUGCUGUUAAUGCUGUCAGUCAGAUGUCCACGGAUGUGAACAUAAGAUGCAGCUCUACAGACUGGAAGCUGUACCUCUACAUUGGUUUAUCAGCAGCAGUUUUCCUGGGUGUCAUGUUUUUGGUUGUGCACUGCUGUAGAAGAAGAAAUCAAGCCACAGAGACCAGCAGGAAUGAGGCAACAGUGUAUUCUACAGUUGACGAAGGAUGUGUAAAACAAAGCCAUGAGUCAGAGGGCCAUGGUUCUCCUAUAACUCUGUAUGAAACCAUUGGGGAACUAAAUGUAAAACCAGAGACGGUAUAUGACCGGGUGGAUUUGAAUCGUAGCUGUGCACCUGCUCUAUCUCCCCUGAAGAAAGUGCUUUAAAGACUGGAAACCCUACAUGUGAAUUCCAAAAUUAAGACAUCUAUGUACAGUAAGCAUAUAUCUAUCCAUCCAUAUGGACUGAAAACUGCUUAUCUAAUACAAGCUUACAAAAAGCCUGAAACCUAAAUCAGACAGAUAAGGCUGAGACAGGGGAAACAUUUUAAAGAUAUGUUUUUUCAAGGUAAAUUGGAAUAUGGUCCAUUUUGUCAAUGUACCCAUUCUUCAUAUCUUCAGUCGCUUAUCCUGUAAAGAGUUGCCAAGGGAUUGCAGCUUAUCAGCAGCAGAUAGAGCAAAAUACUGAUUAUGGAAUGUGACGAUAAAUUGAGUUUAUAUAGGACAAUUACUACUUUUGAUUUAGAAAAAGUAAUAUUUUAAAAGAUACACAUUACUACAGUAUUUACAUUUCUUUAAAUGCUUAAAAUAUGAGGCACAUAAAAGCACAAGUCAGCAUGUACUUCUACACAGUUAAUGUAUGAUUUUCAUGAUGUUGUUUGAUUUGUAUGUUUUUCUCAUGUUUCAUAUUUGCUCUAAACUGUAAAACAGCUCAUAACAGAACCAAAUUUCAAUAUCUGAGAAACUGUUUUUAAAAUAAAACAAUUUCUUACAAAGUUAUACCUAUGUUGAAAUUGUAUAAAAUAGUUCAGUUUUUACUAUAUACAUCAUUAACAUUGUAUUACCUUGAAAAAAUAUGUAAUUUAUUAGAAAAAAUACACACAGAGAUUUUGGUCAUUGGUAUUAUAGGAAAUCAUACUAUUUUUCAUCAUAGGGUGUGUCCAAAAUCAAACACUUACUUCCUAAAUAUUUGAUAAAUAGUAGGAGAAAUGUAGUAUGAGAGGUGAACAGAAUAUUAACCGAUGGAGACUAAGCUAUCCCAUAAGGCCAUUGGACCUGCAACCGGAGAUGAAGAACAUAACCUGCUCAGAAAAUUGUGUCAAGAUGGCACAGAAGGUGCUGUCUGUAUAUAAAUUUAAGUAAAAACCAAUACCUACAUACUGUAUGCAUAUAUUUUUUUGAGAUUUUGGUUACAAUGAUAAAGUGGGAACCAACUAUCAUUCUGAAUUGUGGUACUCAGGAGCAUACUUACACUGACAUUUUGACAGUAUAUGUAAGCAUUUUGACUCAUGGUUAAAAUGAUGGUAAUUGUACUUUUAAUUUUGGUGGCACCGACUAAUUCAUUGGUGUAAUUAUUUGAUUUUGAGAUACGAGUUAAUUGUUUGGGCAAGUUACAGACUUUUGCAGCUAAACCACAAUGUUAUACUAUAUACAUGAAGUGUUUUGAGAAAUGCUCUUAUGGUCUUUAGAAUGUUAUGUACUGUUUCACAAAAUGUGCCAAAGCAAUUGAGAAAGACUGUAAGAGUAUCUUGUUGGAAUAAUGGGAGUAGAAAUAUUGGACUAAUCAGUUUUUGUAUUGUUCUUUUAGUUACAGUUGUUUAAAUUGCACGUCUAUUCUACAAGACCAUAUUCAUUUUUUGCAAUGUGGGGUAUGACGUUGCCUUUAAAUUCAAAAUAAAUAAAUUAAUGAAUAUGGCAGAUUUCAAAUGUAAUUGAUGCAACAUAUUGUUUUACAGUAUGCAGCAUGCAGAAACAGUGCCACGUGGAAAUGCAAUGCACAAGAGAGAUUGAUUUCAGUGAGUGAUGUGAAGAGAAUGUGACACAAUGAAAAGCAAAACCAUCAUUCCUUUGCUUGGCAUUUUAUUUAACUACCAUCCAGAAAAACAAUGAGAAGGGUUUACAUCACACAAAAUGUUACAAGGAAAUUGGUCCACAUCUCACCAAAACACAAUGGCCAUCUUUGCUCUGCUCCUCGGCUCAGAUUCAUUUUCAGAAUGUUCACCAGGAAGUGUAAUCACUGUCCAAUCACAGCACUUCAGCAAGCAGGGGACAUGGUUGCAGUGUGUGGAUACAGUUAGAAUACACCUGAGAUCCAGAGAAUAUUUGUGACGACUUGGCCACAAUUAGCAUAUUGUUUAGCUGUGCAUUUACUAAAUGAGCACUGUGCUACUUCCGAACUGACCCCACUGUAUUUUUUUGUAUAAUCAAUUUCUAUUAUGCAUUUAAA